CGGUAGGAUAAUGCAUGCAGCGAAAGUAUCUGUACUUUAACAAAACCCUAGACGAAAAAGGAUAAACAUAAUGAGGGGUUUUGUUACAUUCUAUUUAGAAGGGAAAGGAUUUCUAAUUCUUUGCUUGCUUCUGAGCUUGAUUACAGAAAUAUUCAGCUUGCGAUGUUACGAAUGCUUUUGGAGUCGAGAAAAAGUUGACCGCGAUGAGUAUGAGAAAAAAUAUUUGGCGCGAAAAUCUCUGAAGUAUCCGAUGGUCGAAGAACCCAUACUGGACAGCGAUACCCACCCAUCGACGGCUGAAGAUCUGAAAAAGUGCAAAAAACGAAACUGUCCCGACUCGCAUUGGUGCUUGACCUGGAGCUAUAUCUCAAAUGCAGGCCUUUCACCGCUGGACGUAUCAGAGCUUGAAGGAGGACGUCUUCGAGGAGGAGUCUUAUCUCUCUUCCAGACAGAAGUUGGCUGCCAUUUUCUUCCAGAUCUUCGCCAAGACACUUUGGUUUGCUGUUGCUUUUUACGCCGCUUAUCCAAGUUUGUCGCCGCUCCAACCAGUAUCGCAAAGGCAUUUUGGAGUUCAUUCAUAGAUUUAUUAUUAUCAUUAUCAGAAACUUUCAUAACAGCUGCUUUUGCUUCGAUGUCUUUUAAGGAUUCACUCGAUUUCUGCGAAUUGACUAUGGAGCCAGCGUUGUCCGAAAGUGUAGUAUCAGUUUCAGCAUCCAUUCGAAUUAGAAGAUCUCAGUUCACCCCAGUUUGAAUAAUAAAUUAUACAGAAAUUUUGACGUAAAAUAAUUGAGCAAAUGAUAAAAUGAAAUUGUUAUUAUGCAACCAGAAACUUUGCUUUUGCUUAAAUUAAUGCUCAUUAUUUAUCUUUUAAUCCAAAACCUCGCGACUUGUAAUAUUUGAACUAAUACGGUUGCUUUCAUCAGAAAUGCACUUGAAAAACUGUUGAUUGCUUUAUACAAGUCUUGUGUAUUAAUAAACGUCGCACUUGAGCUGUAUGUAAAGAUUAUUGUGACAGUUGAAAGAUUAUUGUGAUGAUCAUUUUAUUCACAUUCAAA